UUGUAACGUGUCAAAUCCGUGUAAACAUGCACACUGGAUGGUAACAAUAAUCCGAGAACUAAUUUGGGGGAAAUUAAUCUGUAAUGCAGCCAUAAAAAGUUGGAAGUACCUUUGUUUUUGAACAGCUGACGACACGAUGGAGAAUAUUCAAAAUCUUCCCAUCGACAUACAAACCAGCAAGCUUUCAGACUGGCUGCUGGACCGACGCCACUGUAACGUCAAAUGGCAAAGUGCGGUCAUGGCAAUCCGGGAGAAGAUCAACGCUGCCAUCCAGGACAUGCCGGAGAACGACGAGAUCAAGCAGCUUCUCUCCGGCUCCUACAUUCACUACUUCCACUGCCUGAGGAUAGUGGAGAUACUAAAGGGAACAGAGGCUUCCUCUAAGAACAUAUUUGGCAGAUAUUCCUCUCAGAGGAUGAAGGACUGGCAGGAAAUUGUGUCCCUCUAUGAGGCAGAUAAUGUCUAUUUGGCGGAGAUGGCCAGCUUGCUGAGUCGCAAUGUCAGCUAUGAAGGGCCGGCUCUGAGGAGGCAGGUGGCCAAAGCCCAGCAGCUGCAGCAGGAGCUGAGCCGGCGGGAAGUGGAGUGUCAGAGCUCAGCUGCAGACCUGAGGGAACGCUACUACGCUGCCUGCAAGCAGUACGGCAUCACAGGGGAGAACGUGGCUCGAGAGCUGCAGGCCCUGGUGAAAGACCUUCCAACAGUUCUUGGGGAAGUAGGGAAGGAUGCAGCCAAGCUAGAGGAGCAUAUCAAACUUUACUCUGCUUUCACAAACUUUGUCUGUCAGUGGUCUGAACCGGUCCUUCCCCUACUAACGUUUGUCCAAAAGAGAGGAAACACAACUUUCUAUGAGUGGAGGACGGGGGAGGCUCCUACAGUCGUCGACAGGCCUGUUGUGGAGGAGGCACCUCUGGAUGCAGUCAACGAGGAGACGAUCGACUGGGGCAACUUUGGCAGUGGAGCAGAGACUCAGGAAGUUAAUUUUGGGAUCACAGUCGAGGAUGGGGUCGACUGGGGUAUUAGUCUGGAGCCUGGCGCUGAGGACACGGCUGCAGGCGGUAUUGACUGGGGAGACGGUGAAGCCGCUCCCAUAGAAAUCGAAGUUGUAGACGUGGGCACAGACUGUCCUAAAGGUGUGGCGAGAGGUGAGGAUGCCCUGACUAUACUGGAGAACCCGCAGUCACGCAGCCAGUUCAUUGAUGAGCUAAUGGAGCUGGAGCUGUUCCUCGCCCAGCGGGUGAGUGAGAUGGGAGAGGAGGGAGAUGUGGUGGCUAUGAGCCAGUUCCAGCUGGCCCCCUCUGUCAUCCAAGCACAAACCCGUGAACAUAUCCAGGAGAUGCUGACAGAGGUGCGGGGUCUCCUGGGCCGACUGACCACUCUUCGGAUGCAGCACCUCUUCAUGAUCCUGGCCUCGCCGCGGUAUGUUGAGCGUGUGUCGGAGAUGCUGAGACAGAAGCUGAAGCAGGCAGACAUCCUGGUGUUGAAGCGUGCCUCGCUGGCGGAGAAGAGGCAGGACGCUCUUGAGGAGCAGGCCAGACUGGAGCCUCGCAUUGACCUGCUGGCAGGACGCACCCGGGAGCUCCAAAAACUGAUUGAAGAGGACAUUUCCAAGCGAUACAACAAGAGGCCUGUCAACCUCAUGGGGGUUAAUGUAUGAAGCUCACAGAUGUUCAAGAGAAAUAUUUUGUCACAGCCUAUCUCACUGUCUCACUUCUGGAGAAAUAAAAGUGAUAUUUAACGUGUU